CAAAGCAGAGUAAAAGCAAAGCCAGGGAUAGACUCGGGGAGGGAUUACUAGUUAACUCCGCUUAUUCGCAUGUGACAUGGUAGCCCACAAAGAUUUCCACAUUGUUUUUCCCGUCUCGUCAGCCCGGUUUCUACAUGGACGGAGGCCUGACUCGGUCUAAGUUUAUAGUAGUUAGCUUACAGCAAGAGCUAACGUCAGAUCGCUAACUCCAGCUUCAAGCAAACAAACUUGUCAACAGCCGAUCGAUCCGGGACGGGACUCGGGACUGCUUUUGUGGCUUGUUUACCUCAGCCGGGAGGCAUAAACAUCUUCUGAAGCAGCAGCACAACCGGGAGAGUGCAACUAUGGUGGCUACGUGACAGGAGAUGAGCUGCUGAAUCAGCUGCAACAGGAACCAUGGACGGGUUUCAACAAACUGCCCCAGAGGAGCAUGACGGGGUGAACGGCUACUGUGAGCCAAAGUGCCCCCAGGACGCAGCUGACGUCAGGUGGACGCCACCGCAGGCAGAGUCUGUAGGCUCGGACAGUUGUGGUGCGACAAGCGUCUCCGAGGUGGCAGAUCUGAAAGAGUUAAAGCGCAGGGAGAGUGAAGAUGAGGAGGAGAAGGAGGAGAAGGAGGUAGUCCCUGCUUCUAAAUACCCGAAAAGGGACCAGAAGAAGAGACGGAAAGAAGGGGAAGAUCAGGAGAACGGUGGCAACAAGCAAAACAGCAGCGCAUCAUCGAGCUACACAGACCUGUCCCAUACCUCAUCACCUUCGCUCUCAGAACAGCUGCGUUUGGGCCAAGAGGACAGCACAAGCUCCGGGAUCAGUGUGGAGUGUAAGGUCUGCGGGGACAAGGCCUCUGGCUUCCACUACGGCGUACAUGCCUGUGAAGGAUGCAAGGGCUUUUUCCGGCGUACUGUGCGGAUGAAACUGGAAUAUGAGCGCUGUGAGCGUUCCUGCAAGAUUCAGAAGAAAAAUCGUAACAAGUGCCAAUAUUGUCGCUUCCAGAAGUGCCUGUCUUUGGGAAUGUCCCACGAUGCAAUCAGAUAUGGACGAAUGCCUGAGGCGGAGAGGAAGAAGCUGGUGGCAGGCAUACUCGCAGAGGAGCUGGACGUCAGCAAACCAGGUGGCUCAGACCUGAAGACUUUAGCCAAACAAGUCAAUACAGCCUACCUGAAGAACCUCAGUAUGACCAAGAAGAGAGCCCGCAGCAUCUUGAUGGGCAAAACCAGCAGCACCUCACCAUUUGUGAUCUACGAUGUGGACACCCUCUGGAAAGCAGAGAGUGGUUUGGUGUGGAGCCAGUUAACUCCAGGUGCGCCUCUGGCCAAGGAGAUUGGGGUUCAUGUGUUCUACCGCUGUCAGUGCACCACGGUGGAGACCGUGCGAGAGCUUACAGAGUUUGCCAAGUGCAUUCCAGGGUUUGUGGACCUCUUCCUUAAUGACCAGGUGACUUUGUUAAAGUAUGGUGUGCACGAGGCUAUUUUUGCCAUGCUGCCAUCUCUCAUGAACAAAGAUGGACUGUUGGUGGCCAAUGGCAAAGGCUUUGUGACACGGGAGUUUCUGCGCAGCUUACGGAAGCCCUUCAGUGAGAUCAUGGAGCCAAAGUUUGAGUUUGCUGUUAAGUUCAAUGCUCUGGAGCUGGAUGACAGUGAUCUGGCCUUGUUUGUUGCUGCCAUUAUUCUCUGUGGAGAUCGUCCCGGGCUAAUGAACGUGAAGCAGGUGGAGCAGAGUCAGGACAACAUCCUCCAGGCCCUGGACCUUCACCUCCACGCAAAUCACUCUGACUCUGUCUACCUCUUCCCAAAACUGCUUCAGAAGAUGGCUGACCUCCGUCAGCUGGUUACAGAGAACGCUCAGCUCGUCCAAAAGAUCAAAAAGACUGAGUCGGAGACCUCGCUCCACCCUCUACUACAGGAGAUCUACAAGGACAUGUAUUAGCAGUCUCCAGCACAAACUGCUUUUAGCAAUACUGUUACAGACUGAAUUUUAUAAUGAAACACUGCAUUCAGUACAAGCACUGUAGUACGGGAUGGAUUUCUAAGGUGCAGAUGAGGCAAAUUCACCUGGUAGUGCUAAUACAAUCAGCAGAGUCUUCGCAGUGUCAGCGUAACCCUCAGCACAGUUAUGCGUGUGUUUGUGUGCGCGUGCAUGUGACGAGCAUCUGGAAUCAUUUGCUGCGAGUCCCAGUUUCCCACAACGGUCACGUAACAGGAAGAAUGAUAUGUUUUCUCAAUGAGGCUGCUCCUGUUUCAUCCUGUUAGCGAAGCUGACCCCAGAGCAGUGUGCAGAGGGAGCUCAUCCUCGCUCCCCUCAGCUCUGUGUUUGUGCUGCAAAGGGAAAGCAUUUCACAUUCUCACACCAGUGGCACCGUUCAAACAAACAAGUGAUUGUAUUGUGUUUUCAGACUUAACUGACGGGAGAGAUGCAGCAGCUGGUAUUUGUUUACAUCAUCAUCUUCAUCAUUAUCAUCAUCAUCAUUAUCACUGACCACCACUUUGCCAUUUGGUAUAAAGAACACAAACUGGGCUGGCUCCAGCAGUGUAGAGCUCUCUCUUAAUGCA